AUGAACAAAUCCCCACAAAACGACCCACCGGCCGCGAAACGCCAGAAAAUGUCCGCCCAUCCGUUCGGAAACCCGUUCUACGAUCGGCUCGCCAAGCUGCUGAUCGAUCUGCGCCCCGAGGCCCUGGAGGAGCUGCAGCAAGUGUGUAAGGAGGGUUUCCGACUACAAGAAGGCUCACCAGAUUGCGAUCUCCACGAUUCUGGAGAUGAACUUGUGGAGCCGGUCUCAAAGUUGAGGAAGAAUGUUUCGGUUUCGGGAGGGAUGCGUGUCAAGCCGAUCGAUCUGUUCUCCGAUGCAGCGUUGAAGAAGGAGAAGAUCAGCAAAUCAGCGAGUGCUCUUCCGGGCCGUGUCGCCGACUCCUCACGCUCGGCCGACAGCUCGGAGGGCUCCAGCAACGAUUCUGAAGACCGAGAAAAGGAAAAAGAGAAGGAUAAGCGCUGUCCACACUGUUCCAGGCCAAGUCGACGCCGAUGGAUCAGCUCCUCAAAUGCCACUACUGCAAGGAGGUACUACGUCCACAUGAAGUGCAACCGGCCGGAGGUGACCAAGGAGCAGGCGAAGGACCCGCGCUUCAACUUUGUGUGCUAUGAAUGUGUGCAGAAUCGACGGGAAAAGAAGCUUUCCGCUGAUGGCUUGAAAUCCGAGGCAGCUCCAGUGAAAAAGACACUUCCCUCAUCCAGCGCCAAAACCGUCGACAUCAACCAGAAAUUGGCCGAGUUCAAGGCGAAGAAAAAUCUGGGCCUGAAGUCGGGUGCGCUGUCGCUGAAGAAA